GCAAUGGCACCGACAGCCGAGGCUCAUCUCGCCACGCCGCCGGAACUCGACGCAGACCGCCCGGUCAAAGAUGCGUUCGAACCCGAACCUCGGUCCUACACGGCGGCAGAAGAGUCCGAGCCGGAGGAGGACCCGUGGGAUCUUCCCGAGCUCCGGGACACCGGGGAGAAGUGGUCCGAUCUCGACACGAAGGGGAAAGUUCUGCGCGUUCUCAAGUCCGUCGUGAAGUUCGUUCUCCUGGUGGGUUUGCUCUAUGUGUUCGUCUGCUCGCUGGACAUCCUCAGCUCCGCUUUCCAGCUGGUCGGAGGGAAGGCAGCGGGCGAUAUCUUCCAGGACAAUGCCGUCCUGUCUAACCCGGUGGCUGGGCUGGUGAUCGGAGUUCUGGUCACUGUUCUGGUUCAGAGCUCAAGCACCUCAUCCUCCAUUGUGGUCAGCAUGGUGUCAUCUGGAUUGUUGGAGGUGAAGUCGGCAGUGCCAAUCAUCAUGGGUGCCAAUAUCGGCACUUCUGUGACAAACACCAUCGUGGCUGUGAUGCAAGCAGGAGACCGCAAUGAGUUUCGCAGGGCAUUUGCUGGUGCUACGGUCCAUGACUUCUUUAACUGGCUUUCUGUCCUGGUGCUGUUGCCUCUGGAGUGGGCCUCAGGAUUCCUCUACAAGCUCACCGAACUUGUGAUCGACUCCUUUAACAUUCAGAGCGGUGCAGACGCUCCGGAACUGUUAAAGGUCAUCACUGAACCCCUCACCAAGAACAUCAUUGAGCUGGAUACCUCUGUGAUCCGUGACAUCGCCACUGGAGACCCUGCGGCCCGGAACAAAAGUUUGAUCAAGAUCUGGUGUAAAACGGAAAAAGUCACGAACCUUGUGAAUAUAACAGUCCCUGGAAUUGCAAACUGCACCCCUAAUGCUCUCUGCUGGAUGGACGACAACAAGGUCUGGACUCAAGAGAACCAAACAGAAACGAUCAACUUAAAAAAAUGUACUCACAUGUUCGUGUUCGCGGAUCUACCUGACCUGGCCGUGGGGUUGAUUUUGUUGGCUCUGUCAUUGCUGGCUCUCUGUACCUGCCUCAUUCUGAUCGUCAAGCUGCUGAACUCCAUGUUGAAGGGUCAGGUGGCGGUCGUCAUCAAAAAGGUGCUCAACACAGAUUUCCCCUUUCCCUUCGCCUGGCUCACGGGAUAUCUUGCCAUCCUUGUUGGAGCGGGAAUGACCUUCAUUGUUCAGAGCAGCUCGGUCUUCACCUCAGCCAUCACUCCACUAGUCGGUAUUGGUGUCAUAAGCAUCGAGAGGGCUUAUCCACUCACGCUGGGCUCCAACAUUGGCACAACAACCACUGCUAUUCUAGCUGCUUUAGCCAGUCCUGGAGAGACACUGGCUAACUCACUGCAGAUUUCUCUCUGUCACUUCUUUUUCAACAUCUGUGGAAUCCUACUGUGGUAUCCCAUCCCCUUCACGCGCAUCCCUAUCCGAAUGGCCAAAGCUCUGGGCGACCACACGGCCAAGUACCGCUGGUUCGCGGCGGUGUAUCUCGUCCUGUGCUUCCUGCUCUUCCCUCUGUCAGUCCUGGGCCUCUCCAUUGCGGGGUGGCAGGUCUUGGUGGGGGUCGGAGUGCCUGUUGUGGUCUUUGCGAUCGCUGUGGUCAUAGUGAACAUCAUGCAGAAUCGCUGGCCGCGUUUCCUGCCCUCAUUCCUCCGCAGCUGGGACUUCUUGCCCAAACCGUUGCACUCCCUCAAACCCUGGGACAGAGUGGUUACCGCCGUCAUGACUUUCUGCAGGACUCGCUGCUGCUGCUGCUGCAAGUGUUGCGCAGAAAAAGAGAAGGAUGAAGAGACGGAUGCCAUUAAAACCAAGGAUAGAAGUUUGGAGAUGUAUGACAAUCCAACGCUCACUAUAGAGGAUGAGGCCAAAAUAAUUGCAACGCAUUUAUAACACUUGACGGACCCUAUUUAUGUAAAGCAUUGUUUAUAAUGUAACCUGUUCUGAUAAUCACAGGGGUGAAGCAACAUGAGUAAUGCAAGAUUUCAGAACUACAGUAGUCAACAUUUGAAGUGGAUCAAAACCUUUCAUCACUGUAGCAAUA